AUGUCAAGAAUAAUUCACUCUGAAGAUGACGAUGACGAUGAUGUAGGUAGUCAAUCAUCAUCGUCGUUAUCAUCACCAUCCAAAUCCUUACAACAAGACCCAAUCCCAACCAAAAUACCAUUAUCAACGUCAAUUAUACUAGAAAAAAAAUUACCAUUAGAACAACAUCAGAAAUUAUCAAAUCUAACAGAAGGAUCCACUGCUGGCGGUCAUGUAUCAAACAAUUCCCUCGAUAAUAAAAUUAUGAUUCGAUUCGUUCCUAUCGGUUCAACACCGUCGAUUCAACCACGAGUGUUUAAGAUCUCAGCAACACAAACGGUUUCUACACUAAACAGGUUUUUGUGUAAAAAAUUAAAGUUCAAAGGUGUAUUAAAUUUGUAUAUUCAAAAUAGUUUUAUGCCAUUGCCUGACGAGCAGAUAGGCUCGUUAUAUGGAUUGUUCAAAACUAAUAAUGAGUUGAUUAUUAGUUAUUGUAAUACGAUUGCAUUUGGUUGA